GCGUCUUCCGGUUGCGGCGGCCCAGAGGCAGCCGCGGGGAUCUUUGGCGCUCUCCGCCCGCCAUGAGCCUCCUGAAGCGGAUCCCGCCGCCCGGCGAAGGGGUCCGGCUGCGGCAGCCCGACACCGAGGCCGUGCUGGGCGGGAAGGGCCUGGGCACCGGGAGCCUCUACAUCGCCGAGAGUCGCCUGUCAUGGAUCGAGAAUUCUGGCCUUGGCUUCUCAUUGGACUACCCCACUAUAAGCUUACAUGCCAUCUCCAGGGACCUGAAUGCCUAUCCAUGGGAGCAUUUGUAUGUCAUGGUGAAUGCAAAAUUUGAAGUAGAAGAAUCAAAAGAGUCUCCCAUGGGUGAAGGGGAACAGGACGAAGAAGACAGCGAUGACGAGCUAGAGCCGAUUUCAGAGUUCAGAUUUGUACCCAGCGACAAAUCAGCCUUGGAAGCCAUGUUCUCCGCAAUGUGUGAAUGCCAAGCCCUGCAUCCUGAUCCUGAAGAUGAAGACUCUGACAACAACUACGACUGCGAUGAAUACGACGUGGAGGCCCACGAGAGGGGUCAAGGUGACAUCCCAUCAUUCUACACGUAUGAAGAAGGCCUGUCUCGUUUAACUGCUGAAGGUCAGGCUACCCUGGAGAGAUUGGAGGGCAUGCUGGCACAGUCGAUAAGCACUCAGUACCACAUGGCCGGUGUACGGACGGAAGAUUCCGUCAGAGAUUUUGAAGAUGGAAUGGAGGUGGAUGCGUCACCAGCGGUUGCUGGGCAGUUUGAAGAUGCGGAUGUUGAUCACUGAAGAGGAUGUGUGCAGCUAUAAGAUCCUUCUUGCAGCUUUCCUGCACUUCAAGCUUGAAGACAUUUCCACAGGACUAGUCCCUUCUAUAUUAAUGGCCUAAAUGUGGAAAUUAGGACUGUAAAUGCUUUUAGAGAUGUGCUUAUAAAAAAAAUGGCGUUCAAUAUUGUGGGGUUGCUUGCUUUUCUUAACUUCAAGAAGAUUAUAGGACCUUGGGUCUGAACGGGAGGUUAAUUGCGGCUGGGUAGCGCACAGCCUUUAUGAGAGUGCUUGGGAUUGAGGAAUAAAGUUGUAUUUAGAGCAGAGUUCUAGAUUGUCCUAGAAUUUCCCUCAUAUUUUUGUGCCUGCUUUUUCAGGGGGACAGAAACACUGCAGUGAUCUAGCUAGAUCCAUACGGUAUGUUGGGGUUGCAGAUCCAAAUACUUCGUGAUUCCUUUCCAAAGCCUUAGCUUUCCCCAUUGAAUGAUCUGGCUUUAUUGGUCCCUUUGGCUUAGAGUCUCCAUCUAUUCUGUGCCAGGGAUGACAAUCUCGUGUCUUUGUUACAAAUAAAAAACAAUGCGGUUCAAUAAAUCUUUUUUUAAAAACCUUA